UAUAGCUAUAUUUAAAAUAUUUCAGUACUUAGUUUUAUUUUAUCGACUCCAGAAGACUAAAAGACACAUUCGGCCGGGGCGAGAUUUGAAAUCAGACCAUAAAGCACCAGAACCAAAUACCGUGGCCAUUCAACCCUCCACAAGAUUUGAAAGUGAAAAUAAUUUGAGAAAUGUAGCCAAUUGUUUCUUUUCUUUUGUCUUUAUUUCCGGUCGCCACACGUUCGGAAGUAGUUGGCAUAUUUCAAAGAAGCCUUUAACUGGGACAGGUCAAGAGGUUCAUCUGUUUUGAACCUUCCAUGUACAAUAGAAUAGUAUUUUCUUUAUUAACCGCAAAGGGUUCAGUGUACAAUACGACAAGAUCUAGAUCAGCGUCGAAAUAAUUACACGAACAAAAUACAUUCAUUGGUCUAAUCAUAUCACAAAUAAGCAAUAAACCAUUUAUAUCUAGUUCUGUGGCUUGAUAUACAAAACAAAAGAAAUCCAGGAUUUCUGGAUUUAUAAAUAAUCAACUUAUAGCACCAAAAUGUCUGACUUUUCUCUUCCUUUGGAUAAACCAUCAAAGCCGCCAGUCAUUAAUAUUUAUUGCAGCAGUAAAGAGACAAGCUUAGACGAGGCUGAUAAGAAUUUCGAGAAGCUUAAAUCUAUCUUGUGUCUUUGUCUGAAUACUGACCAGUAUGUAAUAUACCAUCUGAAACCAAACCAAUUGUUUAGUGACCCUUGGGAACACAAUACAGAAUUACUCAUUGUCUCUUCUGACUGCAAUGAACAAGAACCAAAUAAUGUCUUGUCGGAGCUGAUUCAAAAAUAUCUUGCUACAGGAGGAAAAGUUCUCUGUUUUGGAGCCUCCAUUUUACAUUUUGACUUUGUUGAAAGAAAACCUUCAGCUCAUAAUUCCAGUUUUACUUGGAACUUUACAAAAAUGGAAUACCAAGGCAAAGUUAUGAUGGUUCCAGUAAUAUCUGAUGUUUCUAUGACAUCUUCAAAGUUAUCUCUUGUACCUUUCAAUGUCCUAGGAAAGCAAGAAAAUGAACCCAAACUACCUUUGGUAAUAUCUAUGAGCAAUUCUGAAAAUGGCAUCUUAAUAUUAUCUCAGGCUGCACUUGAUAAAGAUCCGACGGAUUUUCUUUCAAGUAAAGAAACUUUUGCUUCUCUUCAGUCUCAUAACUCUGUCAGGUUUGAGGUGCUGCAGGAUUUAAUGUCUGCUAGACUUGGUCUCGACUCAAGUGCACCACAACUACCGCUUCUUACGUCUGCUACUCUACUCUCAGCAGAAAAGAAUCGCAAGAAAGAACUCCUGCACGCUUUGUCUUGUAAGUUACAUGGCAGCAACUUACUCAUCGGCGCUUCCGUAUCUCUGCAGCUUGUCGAAAGCCAAAAAGAUGUUAUGCAUCCAAUUUCUGCCCAGUGCCUUCCUCUCAUAAUUCAAGAGAAAGAAGAUAAAGAUGUCCAGUUUCAGUUCUUCACACCUAAAGAAUACUGGGAAAACCUUCAAACCAAAAGUCUUGGACAGCUUCUCUUAUAUGUUGACGUCGUACCAACCACCAUGCCACUGCUUUAUCCUCUAAUCACAAAGAAUUAUCCACAGGCUGGUUUAGUAGCCAUUGCUGGGAGACAGACAAGUGGCAGAGGUCGUGGAGGAAACCAAUGGAUAAGUCCACCUGGUUGUGCAAUGUUUACUCUGCAUGUCUGCUUCGAUGCAUCCAGUGCACUUGGUCAAGCACCAACAUUUCUGCAACAUUUCUGCGGCCUUGCUAUGGUAUUAAGUGUACGGGAGUUACCAGGAUAUGAGGAUAUUAACAUUGAAAUUAAAUGGUCAAAUGACAUAGUUUUCAACAAUUGCAUCAAACUUGGAGGAGUUCUUGUAGAUUCUUAUACUGAAGAAGGAAAGUUGCAUGCUUUUAUUGGAGCUGGACUGAAUGUUAGCAAUCACAAUCCAACAAUGUGCAUAAAUGAUCUCAUCAAACUAGAAAACAAAAUGAGGAUCUUAAAUGGAAUGGAUGUUCUUCCUGAAUUAUCCAAGGAGAAAAUUAUAAGCAGGACAAUUACUACAUUUGAACAGAUUAUGGCCAAAUUUAACAGUAAAGGACCAGGAGAUUUUGAAAACUUACUUUACAAAUACUGGAUACACAAAAAUAUAAAUAAAUUCUCUUUGGAAACUGAAAACGGAAAGAAUAUCGAUGUCAAAGUGUGUGGCCUGGACUCUCAGGGUCAUCUUUCGGUUAUUGAGGAAAAGGAACAGAAGCAAAUCAGCCUGAAUUCCCUGCAAUAUAGUAUGGAUGUAAAACAGCACUUAAUUUUCAAGAAACGGACAUGACUUUUUUCAAUGAAUUCGCAGAAACGCUUAAGAAACUUGUAAUUACAGAAUAAUAUUUUCAAUAAAUUUAUAUUUGUUUGUAA